AUGGCUGAAAUAAUUAAGCUGUUCCCCAAGAGGGUCAAGAGGAACACAAUCAAAAACACAGUAAACAUGACUGCUCUGCAGUUGGAGAAAGAAGAAAUACUCAGAAAUGACGUCCGUGCGCGGAGCCGCGCUGAGGAGGCCCUCAACGGUCUGCUCGAGGUCCUGCAGCAAGCAGGACCGAAGGUGGAGACUGAGAGGAUCUUCUGUUCCCCGCCUUAUUUUGUCACCAUACUGCCCAUCAUUAGUCAGAGCACAGUGCACAGAGCCGGAGGAUCACCAUGCAAUAGUAAUGUUAAAAUGAGGUUCUGCAUCCAGCUGGGCAUUGUAAUUCUUCCCCUGUGCUAUAUUAGAUCGCUGGCAUCCAGAUGUCUUCUCUCCAAGUCCCUUCUGGCAGAUUACACUGAGGAAGGGGACAUCACUCUGGGGAUGAUCAAUCCAAUCCGUGCCACUUUAACUCAGACAGUGUUUACCUUCUCAAGUCGCCCUGCUCCACGGUCAUGUGACCUGUUCAUUUCAGAGCUGUAUAAGUCAAUCCUGGCUUUACUCUUCGCCACAAAAGAAGUGAAUGACAAUCCAGAUCUCCUGCCAAACAUCACACUGGGGUUCCAGAUGUAUGAUUCAUGUUUCUUUGAAGCCACUUCCCUUCAGGCUACUAUUCAGCUCCUGUAUUACUUAAAGAGAGUUUAUUUCAUCAACACGGCUGGGGAAGCAGUGUCAUUCGAUGCCAAUGGAGACAUGUAUGGGUAUUUUGACAUUAUGAACUGGCACAUAAAGGGUAACAAUGGUCAACAUGUGAGAGUUGGGAUCUUUAAUGAAAACAUCAAUGCCAGUGAGAAACUCGACAUUAAUGUGAGUGCCAUCUACUGGUAUGGAGGGCCAGGGAAGGUUCCAUCCUCUAUCUGCAGUGAGGUAUGUCUACCUGGCUACUGGAAGGCACCACUGAAAGGUCAACCUGUCUGCUGCUUUGACUGCAAGCCAUGUUCAGAAGGGACCAUCUCCAACCAAACAAAUUCUGUUGCUUGUUAUGUCUGCCCAGAAGACCGGUGGCCCAACAGCUUAAAAACUGAAUGUAUUCCUAAAGCCAUUGAGUUCCUCUCCUAUGAGGAACCCCUUGGUCUAGUGAUGGCCUUGUUCUCCAUCUUUUUCUCCGUCAUCACUUUGAUUGUCCUGUACAUAUAUUUUAAGUUCCGUGACACAGUGGUGGUAAAAGCCAACAACCGGAGCCUAAGCUACCUUAUCCUUCUCUCCCUAAACUUUUGCUUUCUCUGCUCCUUGGUAUUCAUCGGAUAUCCUACUAGACUGACCUGUACUGUCCGACGAUUUCUUUUUGCAGUUACAUUCUCAUUUUGUGUUUCUUGCAUCCUGGCCAAAACCAUCAUAGUUGUCAUUGCCUUUGAAGUCACCAAACCGGGGAGCAAUUUGAGGGUAUGGCUUGGUUUUAGGACGGCUAUCAUCAUUAUAACCAUUUCCACUUCCAUUCAAAUGGUUAUUAUCUUGGUUUGGUUGGCUAGAUUUCCACCUUUCUUGGAACAUAACUACCAUGUCAUGGUUGGCACCACCCUUGUAGAAUGUAAUGAGGGUUCGGUUGCCAUGUUCUACUGUACAUUAGGGUAUUUAAGUGUAUUGGCUGUCAUAAGUUAUGUGGUUGCUUUCCUAGCCAGGAACCUACCAGACAGUUUCAAUGAAGCCAAAUACAUAACCUUUAGCAUGUUAACUUUCCUUAGUGUCUGGUCAACAUUUAUUCCAGCUUAUCUCAGUACAAAGGGCAAAUAUAUUGUUGCAGUGGAGGUUUUUGCUAUCUUGCUGUCUAGUUUUGGACUCCUGUGUUGUAUUUUUUUCCCAAAAUGUUAUAUAAUCCUCCUGAAGCCUUCAAUGAAUAACAGAGGGUAUUUAGCAUCAAGGUCAAAAUAA